CUCCACCAUUGGUAUAUUCCAGUCAGGAAGUAAGAAAGGGGGCGUGGGGCCAGCUGAGCUGUAACUGGAUCCUGAGUGAGACGCUGCGCUGUGUGGGAUACGUUCAAGGAUUUUUCAUGCCUGACACUAUGGUGAAAGUUAACGUUGUGUACUGUGGUGCCUGAGGGUACCUGUCCAAGUUUCGGCGGCUGAAGAAGGAACUGGAGCAACGGUUCCCAGGCAAGCUGAGCAUUGAUGGCGAAGGAACCGAAAGAAUGACUGGAUGGUUUGAAGUGAGCAUAAAUGGAAAGCUGGUGCACUCAAAAAAGAAUGGGGAUGGCUAUGUGGAUAACGAUGCCAAACUGCAGAAAAUAAUACUGGCUAUUGAAGCUGCCCUUAAACAGUGAGGGGGGUUUGGCUGACAUGGUCUGUAAAUGACAGCAUAGGUGGAUUAGAUUUUCAUUUCCUUUAUCUUAACCGAAUGCCGAAUGAUGGGAAAGGCUGAAAUGCUCACUGGGCAUGGCAACUCCCGGAUGUCACUGCGUGGUAUGUUAGGAUGAAGAAAGUGACUUGCCUACUUCAUGCUUACCUUUGAAAAUGGUUGUCAUUUUGUUUGUGUAAUAAAGAUCAUUUGACUCCUAA